AUGGUUGGCGUACGACUUCUCCGUCCAGCGGCGCAACUGCUGCGAAACACACCCUCCACCAUUCCCCGAUCGAGCUUUCAGAGAGUCGCAGCGCCAGCGGUAUCGAGAUGGAGGACUUACGCAACAGGCACAAAGGAGAUGACUGUGCGAGAGGCGUUGAACGAGGCGAUGGUCGAGGAGAUGGAGCGUAACCCCAAGGUCUUCGUGCUUGGUGAGGAAGUUGCACAGUACAACGGAGCCUACAAGGUUACAAAAGGACUUUUGGACCGCUUCGGUGACAAGAGAGUCAUCGACAGCCCUAUCACUGAGUCCGGCUUUUGCGGUCUGACUGUCGGAGCUGCGCUCGCCGGUCUUCACCCAGUCUGCGAGUUCAUGACCUUCAACUUCGCCAUGCAAGCCAUUGACCAGAUCAUCAACUCCGCCGCAAAGACCCACUACAUGUCCGGUGGUAUCCAGCCAUGUAACAUCACUUUCCGAGGUCCCAACGGUUUCGCUGCCGGUGUUGCAGCUCAGCACUCGCAAGACUACACAGCUUGGUACGGCUCGAUCCCAGGUCUCAAAGUCGUUGCGCCAUACUCCGCCGAGGAUGCAAAGGGUCUGCUAAAGGCCGCCAUUCGCGACCCUAACCCAGUCUGUGUGUUGGAGAACGAGCUGCUCUACGGUCUGCCGUUCCAAGUCAGCGAGGAGGUACAGAAGGACGACUUCGUCAUUCCUUUCGGCAAAGCGAAGAUCGAGCGCCCCGGCAAGGACCUCACAAUCGUCACCCUUUCGCGAUGCGUAGGCCAAUCGCUUGUGGCCGCCGAGCAGUUGAAGAGCAAGUAUGGCGUCGACGCCGAAGUCGUCAACCUCCGGAGUAUCAAGCCAAUGGACGUUGAGGCCAUCAUCAAGUCCGUAAAGAAGACCGGCCACUUCAUGGCCGUAGAGUCCGGUUUCCCAAGCUUCGGUGUUGGCGCAGAGCUCAUUGCGCUCGUCUCUGAAUACGCCUUUGACUACCUCAAGGCGCCACCCAUUCGAGUCACCGGUGCUGAGGUUCCAACACCAUACGCGCAGAAGCUUGAAGAGAUGGCUUUCCCAACGGAGACGAUGAUCGCAGACUACGCUGCCAAGCUUCUCCGAGUCUAA